AUGCUGAAAGACGUGACAUCCACGUGUUGAAUCGUAAUGGCAUUAUGUCUAAUAUAUUAUUAUGUCAUUUCCUUUCAUCAAAAAUAUACAGUGAACUGAUAUAGGCCUAUUUGCAUAAGCCCUGGAAGAAGUAUGAAGUUAAGAGUUUGUUAACCAAUAGCUAAAAGAGGGGACGAGGCUGGACCUGUGCCGGAGAAAGGGCAUAGUCAAAGUUAGUCUUGUGGGAGCUGGGGCAUAAUUUGCGGUUUUUUUUUUUGCGUUAAAAAAUUAUCGUCUUUUUCCUUGACAUUUCAAAAUGGCUGCAUCGCAGUUUGAAUCAUUGGAGGAGACAUUGGAAAAGUAUAUUCCCUUGGAUGAACUAAAAGAGGUUAGACGUAUCUUAUUCGGGGAAGGAACGAAGAUGCUGGAGCUGCCUCAGUGUGCGCAGGAAGCGGCCAGGCAGCGGGACUUCCAGCUGCUGGGCUGCCAGUUCGGAGCUGCGCGUGAGCAGCUGCGUCCGCCACACACCAUACGCGUAGGCCUCGUGCAGAACGCCGUAGUCCUGCCCACCAGUGCCCCCAUCAUGGAUCAGAUCGAUGCCCUGCACAGACGGAUCGGUGACAUUGUGGAGGUGGCUGCCAUGUGUGGGGUCAACAUCGUCUGCUUCCAGGAGGCCUGGACCAUGCCCUUCGCCUUCUGCACGCGGGAAAAGGUGCCUUGGACGGAGUUCGCUGAAUCCGCCGAGGAGGGACACACCACCCGCUUCUGCCAGAAGCUCGCAGAGAAGUACAACAUGGUGGUGGUGUCACCCAUCCUGGAGCGAGACGAGUCACACGGAGCCACCCUGUGGAACACAGCAGUCGUGGUCUCCAACUCGGGCCGCGUGCUGGGCAAGAGCCGCAAGAACCACAUCCCGCGCGUGGGCGAUUUUAACGAGUCCACCUACUACAUGGAGGGUGACACGGGCCACCGGGUCUUCCAGACGCAGUUCGGGAGGAUCGCCGUCAACAUCUGCUACGGGCGACACCACCCCCUCAACUGGCUCAUGUACAGCGUGAAUAGCGCUGAGAUCAUCUUCAACCCCUCUGCUACCAUUGGAGGUCUCAGUGAGCCCAUGUGGCCCAUCGAGGCGCGGAACGCGGCCAUCGCCAACCACUGCUUCACGUGCGCCAUCAACCGCAUUGGCACGGAGCAUUUUGAAAGUGAGUUUACUUCUGGAGAUGGAAAGAAAGCUCACCAUGACUUCGGCCACUUCUACGGCUCGAGCUACGUGGCUGCGCCGGACGGGAGCCGCUCCCCCGGACUCUCCAGGACCCGCGACGGACUCCUGGUGGCUGAACUGGACCUCAACCUGAACCGGCAGAUAAGCGACAAGUGGGGCUUCAAGGAUGUGCGCGAAUUUCCCUUACAGAUGACGGGGAGGUACGACAUGUACGCCAAGGAGCUUGCUGAGGCUGUCAACGAGAAUUUCACACCCAACAUUGUGAAAGAGUGAAGCCACUCCCCCCUCCAAAGAAAGUGGUAAUGCGAAUAAUUUUGGGUCUGUCACUAGCAAAUGGGAAACUGAACACUCAGAAAAUGUCUACCCCUAAUCUUACGAAAAUCACUCAGCCAACAAAAUGUACACAACAUAUAGUUUAUUACAGAAAUCUACUUCAAAAAAUAAAUUUUACAAUUCUGAAACAUUA